UAUGUUUGAGUGAACAACGGGAGCGAGAUUUGGAAGCCGAUUUCCAGUUCCUAUAGCAACCAUGAUGUAAGCGGAGAGGGGCAACUGCGCCCCAUUUCUCUCUAUCUCUCCCCCCUCACUCUCACUCUCCCUUUCUCUCCCUCUCCCCCUCGAAAAACAGACAGCACUCCACAUAGGAAACCUGGGUGUAGAAGAUAGGGAAGUCAUCCUCAUUUUUGCUGGAAUAUAAGGCAUUUUUUCUUGUAUUUAUUUUCUUUUUAUGUUAGAGAAGAUUUGCAAGCUGUUCAGUAACAUGUACGUUUCAAUCUUGGGAGAGAAGGGUCUGCUUGACAUGUCUGCCAAGAAAAUUAUUUAGUGCCCGAGGCUGUGGCAAUUGCUGUAUGGCUGUUCUCAGAUGAAGUCCCUGUAGAGAACGCCUUUGUGAACUUUAUAGGUUUUGGAUUUUUUUGAAAAGGAUAAAACUGGUAAGUCCCACUCACCUCUAAUGAGGUCUGCCCUUUCACUGUGCUCAGAGACCCCAGAAGCAGCGGCAUGGAGAACCGGCGCUGCCAGCUCCCUCAACAGCCUAAUGCCGAGGCCCAAGGGGCCUCGACUGGGCCCCAGUCCUCCAUGCCUCAGUCCCCUUUACUUUCUGGAGCCUCCUCCCUCAUCUCGCUUACCCAGACAGAGGAGUUCUUUGACCUGAUAGCCAGUUCCCAGAGCCGCAGACUGGAUGACCAGAGAGCCAGUAUAGGGGACCGCCUGGGCAUCAGGAUAGCACAGAACAAUGUGGAUCACUUGUGUGAGGCAUGUAGUCCACGUGAACCUAGUGACGAAUUUUUCAACAUGCUCAUAAAGUAUCAGUCCUCCAGGAUCAAUGAUCAGAGGUGCUCUUUGCCCCCAGCACCAGACCCAGAUGAAGACUUCUUCAGUCUAAUUCAGAAAGUGCAAUCCAAACGCAUGGAUGAACAACGGGUUUCUUUUCACCCUGAUGAAAAGGAUGAAACAGACUUAAAUCAUAAGCCCAAAACCUCUGAGGGCUCAAGCUAGAGACUGUGGCACUUCUGAUGCGACUUCCACAAAAUUCUUCUGCAAACUCUGACUCUCUGGCUGCACAUUUUGUGAGAUCUUCCAGGGCUGGGGUUAGUUGGGAGUAAUAUAGGUUUAUUUUAAUUAGCAGGAUGUCAAAUUUUUUCAUAUUUUUGCAGUCAAGUUUCCCUGAGGUCACGGUGAGUCCAAAUGUGGACUCAGGAUGUGAUUCAAAGGGAAUGGAAACACUCACCUGUUUGUAUGUUCCAAUAAGUGUUCUUUCACAAAAGUGUUUGUGCAGAUUUCAAGUAAUACAACACCAUGGAAAAUGAUUAACAUACUUAUGCUUUCCAAGGAUAAUAUUACUAACUUUGGUCACACAACACAAUAUAGAUCGGUGUGACAAACAACGGCAGUGCAUAAUCCUCAAGCAGCUGCGUGCUCAUUUAACUCAAGUGGAAAGUGAGUUUCAGCAUACACUGAAUAUGAAUUUACUGAUUUCCAACAGAUGGGAGCAAUUGUAUUCGGCAUGGCACUGAAGUUACAUGGCUCAUGUAUCAGUUCAUUUGGUGGUCUAAUUCUGCUGAUAAGUAAGAUAAGUAAUACUAAUAGUAAUAGAUUUCUUUCAGAAGAUUUAAAUCCAUCUUUAGAAUUAAAAAGUGCAUAGUCUGUGAAAAGUGGAUAGACUCAUUUCAAGGUGCACUGUUUAACAUGGCUUUUUGUUUCAUUGGAAUAAAAGUGAUGUUUCAGUAUGA